AAAAAAAAAACGGCAGAGGGAUUCAGAAUAGCAUAGCAGUUACUAUGACAGUAGUAAUUCAGAUUAGCAGGAGUAACAAUUGGAUUAGCAAGGACUCCUCCAGUCCAGACUCCAGAGAGAGGAGAAGAAAUCGGGGAGAGAGAUUAAUUAGGGAAGUACUCCACUCCCUCCAGUGGACUACUGGAGUUGAGCGGUGCGGUGCUGUGCUUUAUCUAGGGAGCCGGAGGGAGCUCUCUCUCUCUACUUACACACACAAACACACAGAGAGAGACCAAAAGCAAACCCUCGCCUCGCCUCGCCUCUCUCAACCAUCGUCUUCCACCGCCGCCGCCGCCACCGAACGAACGCGCCGACCGACCGCGCGAAGAUCUGGGCAGCUGGGACGAGACAUAGGGAGUAUAACGGAGGAACUGAAGAAGGAGACAAACGCCGGAUUUAACUCCACGGAACGGGAACACAUUGCUGCUGCUACCAUUCAAGCUUGGACUCCGGUCUCCUCCUCCUCCUAGGGUAGGGUGGUAAGGGAGAAAAUUGCAGAUGCAGAUGCAGAUGCAGUCGAGGUCUCGCAUUCGCGGCCGCGACCCGCCCCCGGCCUCCUCGGGAGGACGAUACCGCCGACGAUCGCCCUCCCCGCGCCGCCACCCGCGCUCCCCCCUCCAACCCCAACCCGCACAGAGACAGACGCACCCCCGACCGCCCCCGCGCCACCACCACGAGGACAGCCUCCCUCUCCAUGUCCAUCUCCCACCCCCACCCGACGCCCUACUCACCGCCGCCGCCGACCGCCGCUCCCGCGCUGACGUCCUUCUCGAGGCCGGCCGCCUCGCCGCCCGCUACCUCGUCGCCCAGGGCGUCAUCCCCGAGCACCGUCUCCGCGCCAGGGAGGACCCCCUCCCUGCUGCCAGGAACCAUGACGUCGACGACCCCAGGUCCCGCCGGAAUGCCGACUUCCCCCGCGACAGAGGGGACGAUGACAGGCUAUCCCGUAGAUCCGGCUGGGACAGGAGGAGCAACAGCUUUGACAGCAGGCGCAAGUACAAUGAUGCCGCCUCAGCCGAUCGGAGUGCCCGCCGGAGCCACGACUACGACGACCAAAGGAGACCAACCAUGUCACGCUCCUAUUCACAAAACGACCGCCGUGUCUCCAGUGAUAGCAGGCUGGAUCGAAGACGGAGGAGCAGGAGCAGAAGCAGGAGCAGAAGCAGAAGCAGGAGCAGGAGCAGAACCAGGACAAGGAGCUAUAACUAUGGCAGCCGGAGGGAUUCAGAUUGGCGAGCAUCCGGCGCCGAUUUGGAUCAUUCCAAGGUGCCAGAGCCUGGCAUUGUCCGUGACGGUGAUGCUGAUGUGGGAUACGGUGAUGCUGAUGAUGUGCCAAGAGAUCUCAAGGCACCUCCCCGUUCAGUGGUUGUUAUGGAGACAAAAGAGAGUGCCAGCCAAGCUGCAGCCAAUGAAGACACAGCAGAGGUGGAGUCAGAGAUCAUAGAGGUCGAUCAAGCUCAAGAUAUAUAUGGGGAUGACGAUGACGAUGGUGACGAUGCUGUUGCUGCCUUCAAUUAUCCAAGCGUUGCUGAAAUAAAUGUUACCCAACACAAGCUGUCCAAUUCCAACGAGGAUGUUGUUCAUCCAUCACAGUCUGAUGAGGAACCACUGCAUAGGCAGUCCCAGUUCAGCGAUGCUGAGGAGGGCAUGGAGGGUCCGAUCUCUCCCAGGGAUUCAUGCUUGGUAGAACCAGUGGCCGAGGAAGUCAGAGAUGGAAUGGAGGCUCCGCAGAGUGAAGUUGAAACUGAUAACGCAGACCUUACCAAAGAUGAACAAGACCUGCCAGCUUGGUAUGGGAUUUUUGACCUCAAUGUUGUGGAAUCUCAAGAAAACUGUGAAAUGGUUGAGAUUUCCAAUGAUUCGCCUUUAGAUAAUGGUCGUGACUCUGUUCCUGAUCAAGUUGGUCAGAUGAGCCAAGGAGCAAACUGCGUCACUUCAGGAACUCAAGGUCAAGAUGAACAUGCAUUUGACAACCACCAGUCGGAGGAUGAACAAGUGCCUCUAAAUCAAAGAAAUGGUACGGAUGAUUUUAACAAUGAACAAGGGGUUGGAAAUCAGACAGGUGAUGAACAUGGACAGGAUAAUCACCAGUUGGAGGAUGACCAGAUGCAUAUAAAUCAUGUCAUGGAUGUGCAUACUUUAGAUAACGGCCUUAUGAACGGUGAGGAAAUGCUUCUAAAGCGGUGUGCAGAUGAGCACACGGAUCAUGGACACCUGGUGGAAACUGAAGAAAUGCUUCUGAAUCAGGGGCAGAGUACCUCUGUACAAGUGUUGGAAAAUUAUAAUAUGAAUGGAGAACAGGUGCAGCUCAAUCAUGAUGCUGAUGAACAUUCAGGCGAUGAUCGCCCAAUAAAGAAUGAGCAAAUGCUUUUGAAUCAUGUUAUGGGUGUGCAUGAUUUGGAUAAUCAUGACCAGAACAGUGAACAAAUGCUUCUAAACAAUGGCGCUGGUAAACAGGCUGCAGAUAGUGCUCAGUUACAGGAAGACCAGAUGCUUCUAGACCAGGCUGCAGAUGGACAAGCUACGCUUCACGGUCAGAGCAUUGGCCAAAUGAUUCCUGUAAUCAAUCUGGAAGAUGAUUAUGAAGAGCAGUCUGAUACCAUAGAGUUUUCAGAAUCCAAGUAAGCUUUUUUAGAUUCUUUUUGUCACAACCUCAAGGGGGUGAGGAAAAUCCUUUGCACUUGAACAUGUUCGCUAUACAGAAGUGACACCUUACAUAAACUUACUGAAAAUGUUCUACCAGAACAUAUCUGUUCUCAAGGGCAACAAACUUCGAGUAUUCCUGACCAUCCUCAGACUAACGUCCCAGCUGCUGCUGCUGCUUCAUCAGUUACCCUCAACCAUGGAAAUAGGUGGACUAGAAGGGGCGCUACUGUUGCACAGGAAAUCCCAGCGAUGAUGAGUUGAUGGCAUGUUGUAUGUUGCUUUUUGAUGAAAUACUGUUAGAGGUAAUCAUCUUGUAUUGUGGGACUGCCAUCCUCUGAGCUUGGGAAAUCUUUGUGAACCAUGAUGUUCGUGUUCUCAGCUCCUACGCUUGAGCUUACUGAUAUCCUGAACCAUGGGAAGCUGGCAUGCUGAAGUUGGUUGAUCGGUCAUUUGCUUGUUUGUAUGUUGUGGUGUAGUAAGUAGUAACAAAUUUUGAUCCCCAGAGGUCACAAAUUCCAUGCUGGUCUAGCGAUGUGUUAGUAGCUGGGUAGCUCUAAUUUUACUGCGAACAAUAUGAAUCAUGUUCGUCUAACAAAAUUCUCUGCUGCCUUUGUGCUCCUGCUUUUGCUUUGUGAAGCGCAAAAGGACAGUGAAGCUCUGUGUCACCGUGCAGCUCAUCAGGCAGAGAUGGUUCAUGGCUGGCUGCACGGAAUCUAGCAACAGUCACUUGAUUCCGCGCCGCCGACCUAACAAGAGAGAUGGAGCUGUUGAUUGCAACAGCGUCUAAAUUCAGAGUGCACACAAUGCGGUGCUUUGGUACAACGCAAUUGGAUAUUUGGAUGGAUGCUAUUUGGAUGGUAAUGACAAAUGCACAUCAACGGCAUAUUCUCCUGCUGCACUGCAUACAUCAUUCAAGGAUCUCUGAAAGGAAACAUGAACAUAAAACAGCAAGUAUGUUUGUAAUGUAGUAUGUAUAUACCGUGUCAAUUGUUGUUUUGUUGUGUGAUACCGCUGGCGCACCGACUGGGUAUGAGCAUGAUGACGAUGUGUAUGGGGUUGGGGUACAGGGUUUCACGAGGAAGGUUGUGUAGGAGAUGAUGAUGGACAGAUGGUACCAGUAGUAUCUUUGACCUGAUUA